AAGCAGAGUGGAGCUUGUGGAGAGCCAGAGCGCAGACUGCACGGAGACAGGAGGUAGAGACUGUACAGCACGGCCUUUUUAUAUUCCGUAUGAGCACAGCGUCUUUAUUUGUAAAGAUGUGGACGGCUAUAGGGAAACUGCUGCUUUUACAUAUGAUACUCGUGGGGUUUCUGCUGGUGAAUGGAACUAAACCGGACUGUGAAAGCGGUCAGUUUCAGUGCAGGAACGGCAGAUGUAUCCCGACUCCAUGGAGAUGUGAUGAUGAUGAUGACUGCUCGGAUAACAGCGACGAAGAGAACUGCCCAAAAAAGACAUGUGCUACGACAGACUUUGCUUGUAAGAAUGGGCAGUGUGUCCCGGCUCGAUGGAGGUGUGAUGGAGAACCGGAGUGUCCAGAUGGUUCGGAUGAAGCAGACUCCACCUGCAGUGAGUACAGUCGGCAGACAUGUCCACCAGAGAAGUUUGACUGUGGUGGCUCAACAAGCAAGUGUGUGUCUUUGUCAUGGCGCUGUGAUGGUGAAAGGGACUGUGAAAAUGGAGCAGAUGAGGAGCAGUGUGCUGCAGACGCCAAGGCUUGCCCUUCUAAAGAGUUCCAGUGCCGUAACCGUCUGUGCGUGGCUCCCACGUUCGUAUGUGACGGAGAUGAUGACUGUGGCGACGGCAGCGAUGAGGAGAAGUGCACGGCGGCCACCGCCAGUACCUGCGGGCCGCACGAGUUCCGCUGUAACGACUCUGAGUGUAUCCCAGCGCCGUGGAGCUGCGACGGAGACCCCGACUGCAAAGACAAGUCGGACGAAUCUCUGGAGCGGUGCAGUCGUAGGACGGAGCCUCAAAAGCCCCAUUGCUCUGCAGGGGAGUUUCGGUGCAGGAGCGGAGAGUGCAUUCACCUUAACUGGAAAUGUGACGGGGAUGUAGACUGCAAGGACAAGUCUGAUGAGGCCAACUGUCCUGUGCUGACCUGCCGUCCUGAUGAGUUCCAGUGUGGCGACGGCUCCUGCAUUCACGGCACUAAACAGUGUAACAAAGUGCACGACUGUCCAGAUUUCAGCGACGAGGCUGGCUGCAUCAACAAAACCACCAAAUGUGAAGGUCCACUGAAGUUCAUGUGUAAGAGCGGGGAGUGUGUUGAAAGCAGCAAAGUGUGCGACAGUAUCAAGGACUGCAAGGACUGGUCUGAUGAGCCCGUGAAGGAGUGCGGUCUGAAUGAAUGUGCCAUUAGCAAUGGCGGCUGCUCUCACAUAUGUAAGGACCGUCAGAUCGGCUAUGAGUGUGAAUGCCCCUCGGGCUACAAGCUCCUGGACAAGAAGACUUGCGGAGACAUAGACGAAUGUGAGAACCCUGACGCCUGCAGUCAAAUAUGUAUCAACCUCAAAGGCGACUACAAAUGUGAAUGCUACGAGGGCUACGAGAUGGACCCAGUUACAAAGACGUGUAAAGCAGUGGGUAAGAGCCCAUGUCUUAUGUUCACUAACCGGCAUGAGAUCCGACGCAUAGACCUGGUGAAGAAGGACUAUACACAGGUAGUGCCGACCCUGAAGAACGCUGUGGCCCUAGAUGUGGACGUUACCACCAACAAGAUGUACUGGUGUGACCUCUACCAUCGCAAGAUCUUCAGUGCAUACAUCAACAAAGCCAGCGACACUUCCCAACAGAUCACACUCAUAGACACUGCGCUACAUUCCCCAGAGGGCUUAGCGAUGGAUUGGGUCCAUAAGAACAUCUACUGGACCGACUCUGGACACAAAACUAUCUCUGUCGCAACUGGCGAUGGCAAGAAGAGGAAGGUGUUGAUCGACACAGAUCUUGGCGAACCACGUGCCAUCGCUGUUGAUCCAAGACAAGGGUUCAUGUACUGGUCGGAUUGGGGAACGCAGGCAAAGAUUGAGAAAGCUGGAAUGAACGGGGUGGAUCGACAGGUUCUGGUUUCAGAGAGGAUCGAGUGGCCCAAUGGGAUUGCGCUCGAUCUAUCUAGUAGACGACUCUACUGGGUCGAUUCCAAGCUUCAUCUGAUAUCCAGUGUGGACCUGAAUGGAGACAACCGUAGAGUUUUGCUGUCCUCCAUGGAUCAUCUGGGACAUCCCUUCGCCCUGACUCUUUUUGAGGACCGGGUUUACUGGACAGACUUGGAGGAUGAGGCCAUCUACAGUGUGAAUCGACUGACAGGGCAUGAUGUGGCAAUGCUGGCUCAGCAUCUCAACAACCCGCUGGAUGUGGUGGUGUUCCACGAGCUCCGGCAGCCUAAAGCUCCAGACACAUGCAACAUGGGAAGUUUGCCCAAUGGAGGCUGUGAGUACCUGUGCCUCAGAGCUCCUCAGAUCACAGACCACUCGCCCAAAUACACAUGUGCCUGCCCCGACAGCAUGGAACUGGGCCCAGACAUGCGCCGCUGUGUGACAGUCAAACCCAAAACAACAACUGCUGCAAGUACAACACCACCACCAGAACCUUCUACUACUGUGACCCCUACAACCACCGCUCCAACUACAAGCACCGGUGCACUUACAACCACCAGUACAAUCACUACAACUACACCUACAACGGCAGUAUCAAGUACAACCACCAGCAGCCCCAGCACAUCCACUCAUUCCAGAACACAUCGUUCCACCACCACACACUCCACGGCCACUUCAACAACUGUGACUACUCAGCCCAGCACUACAGCACCAUGGAAACAGCCAACCUCCACUCAGACGGCAGCAGAUCACAGGCAGACAUCUACAACCAUUGCCCAUGGCAACAGCAUACAAGGGGCCAAUGCCAAUCUCUCUCAUCGAGCUGGCAGUGGAAAUGAUCACUUCCUCCUUGGUAGCAAUAUAACUGUUGCGGUUCUGGGUAUUGUCAUUCCAAUAGUUCCUAUCCUUGCCACAGUGGUCAUCGGCCUGAUGUGUACCGGAGGUUACCUGGUGUGGCGCAACUGGAGGAGACGGAAUACCAAGAGCAUGAACUUCGAUAACCCCGUUUACCGCAAGACCACGGAGGACGACGAUGACGAAAUCCACAUCGGCCGCAGCGAGCAGAUCGGCCACGUCUACCCACCACGCGUGGCGCUCGGUCCUGACGAUGAUGGAUUCCCCUGAGGGCGAUUCUCGCUCUUGUUCUCUCCUUCUCCAUCCCUGAAUCCAUGCGUCCAUUAGUCCUCCAUCUCUCCUUCCAUCAAGGAGAUCGCACGAGACAACGCAGCAAGGCACAGAGAGCCAAAAGGACACACAAGCACUUGCUCUCCACAGCCGAGAGCUACAAACUGGGUUUGUCUCCUCUUAGUGUCUUUUUCAGCCCAUAAGCACUCAGUCGGGCAAUAAUCACUAGUUCUACAAUUAAACUACUAGCAUCAUUCCUGCUCUUUGUCAGUAGUAGUAGGCAGUGCUGUUUAAUGAUGACUAACCUCAUAGCUCAUCAUGUCAGUAGUCUCUAACUCUCUUUGGCUCUCCUGCUGCGCUCGUGCUGUAGAUUUUUUAAAAUUAGAAAUAGUUUUAUUACAGGUUA